UCCCGCAUCUUCAUAAAUGCUCUGCCUUGCUUAUGCUCAGUAGUCACCUGUAUUCUCUAACUUGUGGCUCCUCCUUCCGUACAAACAUUGACUGUUACCUCUGUUUCCUGGGUAGCUAUUGCUAAGGCUCCGGCUGUUACUGAAGAACUGACUCCCUCACAAGUUUUAGCUUAUUUGUUUUUUCUGAAGGUUUUUUUUUGCAGCAGCUGCCUGUUUCAUUGGUCUGCGUCGCCGUGUAUUUUCGAGACAUGUAGGGAUUUCUGCUAACGCAAACUAACGUCGAACGGGACACAGCGUUUCAGACUUCACAGCCAACAGGGGAUCGUCCUAGAAUUGCAGUCUUGGGGGACGAAGGAAUGGAAGAGGCCAGCUGGAAAUCUUGGACAACAGUAUCUCCAGAGUCAUGAAGGAGUUGGAAGGAGAUUCGAGGAUUUGUCACCAGCUCACGGUGGCUCUUCGAAUCCGUCCCAUUAAUGAAUCCGAACUUGAUGAAGGAGCCAGCAGCAUAGCACACAAAAUAGACGAUCAGAUGGUCGUUUUGAUGGAUCCAACUGAAGAUCCUGAUGACAUCUUGCGAGCGAAUAGGUCCCGAGAAAGAACAUUUAUGUUUGAUGUGGUGUUUGAUCACACAUCCACCCAGGAGGACGUUUACUUGGCCACUACUAAGGACCUGAUUAACGGUGUUAUUUCCGGAUAUAAUGCAACGGUAUUUGCAUAUGGACCUACAGGAGCUGGCAAGACUUACACAAUGCUGGGGAUGGACUGUAAACCUGGAAUCUAUGUCCAAACUCUCAAUGAUCUUUUCAAGGCCAUCGAAGCUACAAGUGAAAACAUGGAUUAUAACGUUUCCAUGUCGUACUUGGAGAUAUACAAUGAGAUGAUCCGUGAUCUCUUGAACCCUGCCUCAGGAUUUCUGGAUUUGCGAGAAGAUUCCAAAGGGGGAAUCCAGAUAGCUGGAAUCACGGAAUUCUCAACUUGUAAUGCAAUGGAGAUCAUGCAGUUGCUCAUAAAAGGCAACAGACAACGAACACAAGAACCAACAGCUGCCAAUAAAACUUCAUCCCGCUCCCAUGCAGUGCUGCAGGUUAUUGUUAAACAAAAGAGUCGGCUAAAAAACAUUACAGAAGAGAUCCGAGUUGGCCGUCUCUUUAUGAUUGACCUUGCUGGCUCUGAGAGAGCAUCUCAGACUCAGAACACAGGCAAGAGGAUGAAGGAAGGAGCCCACAUUAAUCGAUCCCUGUUGGCCCUGGGCAACUGUAUCAAUGCACUGAGUGAAAAAGGAGCAAAUCGAUCCCAAUAUGUCAACUACAGAGACAGCAAAUUGACCCGGCUUCUGAAGGACUCAUUGGGUGGAAACAGCAGAACAGUAAUGAUUGCUCACAUCAGUCCUGCCAGUGCUUCGUUUGAGGAAUCCAGGAAUACACUGAUGUAUGCUGACCGUGCAAAGAACAUUAAAACAAGGGUGAAACGGAACCUGCUCAACAUCUCAUACCACAUUACGCAGUACACCAACAUUAUAGCUGAUCUGAGGAAAGAGAUUGAGCAGUUGAAGUUGAAGAUUGAAGAACAGGGGUCAGAACGGAAAAAAUCUGAGAAGGCCAAUAUAAGGGACAUCCAAGCUGAGGUACAACAACAUUCAGUGCAAUAUAACCGAGAGGAGUUGGACCGACUGAGGGACCAAUUAAUGAUUGCAUUUCGGCAACAGAUGGAGAUCCGUCGCAGCCUUGUGGAACUUGAAAACACCAACAUGGAGCUUCACAUUGAUACUUCUAGACAUUUACUAACCGUAGCUGAUUGGGAAAGGGAAAAAGCAAAGCGUGCUCGGAAGUGGUGGGAAGAGAAAUGGAGUGAAAAGGAUGAUAAAGAGGAAGAUGAUGAUGAGAGGGAAGUUGCAGCAGCAGAUGAGCUGGAUAUGACUGAACCACUGGAGGUUGCUAUGGCACGAGAGGAAAUUGGCAUGCUCCAAACUGAGCAAAGAAAAACGGCAGCACUCAAGUGUGAGUUGGAACAGAAGUUGAUAGACACGAAAGCCAAAGUCAUAAAGCUGGAGGACCUACUGCCAAAGUGGAUUAAUAACCAGGAUCAACAAGAGAUCAUCAGUUUGCUCUGUAGAGUUCAUGAGCUGGAGGUGGAGAACACAGAGAUCCAGUCUGUUAUGCUGCGAAAAGAAAACAUCCUACAACAAAAAGACUUUGUCAUCCAGCAUUAUGAGCAACACCGAGCCCUUUGUGAUGAGAUCAUACACCAGCAGAGACAACUGAUUGAGGGUACAGUAACCACAGCUUGAAUGUUAUUCUGCAUAUCAAUUCUUGUGUCAAGCUCAAUGGUACCAGGGUCAAGUCCUGACUGCAUU